CACACACAGAGCGGAGCAGCGGCGACAGAGAUGUGAAUAUGGAGUAGACCUCAAGCCCUCUCAACAUGUUUCCCGGAGUUUUCUAUGCACUGCUGGCGGGUUUCCUGGCGGCCGUGGCGUCGUCGUCCGCUAAGCUGUCCCUCGGAGCGGACUACCUGAAGGGAGUGUGCGAGACGGGGCUCCGGACGUGGGGCGAGCAGCGGAAAUUUAGACAAGCGGACGAGACUACCGCCUGUGACCGGCUGCACAUCCCGCUGAGGCUGCUGUGUGGCGGCCUGCUUUUUACCUGCAAUGCUGUGAUGUGGACCUUCCUUGCCAAAGCACUCAGGCACUCCUCCUCUUCCACCCGGACCACUGUGACCACCACUGCCUCCAACUUCGUAUCUUCCGCUUUCCUGGGCCAGCUGAUCUUUGGUGAGGCCCAGAUAACACUGUGGUGGGUCGGGAUAUCCCUGACUUUCUCUGGCCUGCUGGUCCUGCAGAGGGUCUCUCCGCAGGAUCGGCAUCAGGACACCGUCAAGGAUGAAUGACAUUGUAUUUUUCGUCUCCGCUAAGCUAUGCUUCUCAGACUGCUGCACCAUGUUUUCUUUCAGUCGUUCUGAUUUUCCGUUCCGCCAAAGAAAAAUGACACAUUAUUUUGUGUAGAUUUAUGACAAUUAUGGAAUGCAGGUAAGAAUGUUGGUCCAAGACAAAAUUACAUUCAGAAUUUUUUUUUCUUAAAAAAUAAUAGGUUCGCAGCUGAGUGUGAAGCGACUGGGAUGAGAAUCAGCACCUCCAAGUCCGAGUCCAUGGUUCUCGCCCGGAAAAGGGUGGAGUGCCGUCUCCGGGUUGGGGAGGAGAUCUUGCCCCAAGUGGAGGAGUUCAAGUACCUCGGAGUCUUGUUCAUGAGUGAGGGAAGAGUGGAUCGUGAGAUCGACGGGCAGAUCGGUGCGGCGUUUUCAGUAAUGCGGACAUUGUAUCGAUCCGUUGUGGUGAAGAAGGAGCUGAGCCGGAAGGCAAAGCUCUCAAUUUACCGGUCGAUCUACGUUCCCAUCCUCACCUAUGGUCAUGAGCUUUGGGUUAUGACCGAAAGGACAAGAUCACAGGUACAAGCGGCCGAAAUGAGUUUCCUCCGCCGGGUGGCGGGGCUCUCCCUUAGAGAUAGGGUGAGAAGCUCUGCCAUCCGGGAGGAGCUCAAAGUAAAGCCGCUGCUCCUCCACAUCGAGAGGAGCCAGAUGAGGUGGUUCGGGCAUCUGGUCAGGAUGCCACCCGAACGCCUCCCUAGGGAGGUGUUUAGGGCACGUCCGACCGGUAGGAGGCCGCGGGGAAGACCCAGGACACGUUGGGAAGACUAUGUCUCCCGGCUGGCCUGGGAACGCCUCGGGGUCCCACAGGAAGAGCUGGACGAAGUGGCUGGGGAGAGGGAAGUCUGGGCUUCCCUGCUUAGGCUGCUGCCUCCGCGACCCGACCUCGGAUAAGCGGGGGAAGAUGGAUGGAUGGAAAAAAUAAUAGUUUGAAUCGGUUUAUUUUUGGAAGUAAUGUAAAUGUCACCAUUUCGUCGACUGAGCAAAUCCCUUAAAAUUGUGGAUUAAUGGUCAAACAAUAACAAGAAGCUGAUGUUUACUAGGACUCAACCUCUCAUCUGGUCUAAAAUAAUUGUUAGCUUUGUCAAUGAAGAUGAUACUAGUGUAACCUUUAAGGCAGGGGUGUCCAAAGUGUGGCCCGUGGGCCAUUUAAUUGACCCACAUUACGGCCCAGAAUAGUUGUGUUUGUUUUUUUUAAACGACAACAUUGUGACAAAAGAGCAACAAGGCUAAAUGUACGGAGAGAAAGUUACUAUCUGAGUGACAAAGUUUGGACUGGGGGUAAGUGCUAACGCACAUUUUGGUACUGCAUCAAUCCGAUACAAAAUAAAUACAGGUCCGGUACCGCCAUAGUAUCUAUACUGAUGCCAAGCCCAAUACCUUUUACUUACUGUAUACAUUAUGAAACCAGAACAAAACACAGGACAAAUAUUUUAGGUACACAAACAAAAACAUCUUAAACUUAUUUGUGAACGAUUUAAAAAAAACAACUAAACAGUAGUACCUCAACUGGUUCUGUGAUGGAGAGCUUAACUCAAAAUACUUGUAUCUCAAAUCUUACAUUAAAAUUAAUUGAAAUCAAAGUAAUUGGUGCAUGCCUCUAGGGCUGCACAAUUCAUUUAAUUUUAAUCGUGAUCACGCUUUUGGCCGCUACGAUUAAAUGAGGGAGAUCGUCGGCAAUAUUAACAUUUAAAAAAACAUUUCAAACAAAGCACGUUGACAACCAACAGUCAGCCAACCACCAGGGGGCGACCAAUAGACUGUGGGUUCAUGUGAAAGCGAGUGACAACAGAGGUUAAAUGUAGAUCAGCCAGUAGCUCCCGAAAUUAUUAGGAAAAAUAAAUGCAUUAUUACAUCAGUGCCUUUCCCUCCCGCAGAGUUACCCACAGACACCCAAUUUAACCCCCGAAACACAAUCGCACACUUCGCCGUUCUCUCGGCACUCCCGUUCAUUUCCGAAACCUGGAAAUUAUCGAGUUGCGGAGACACGUUAAGCAUUAACAACACUUUCCUUCUUUUCUCAACCGCCAUCGUUUGAGCGCCACCGGCGCAAAGCCCCGACAAACAGCUACAAAAGCGGGAGUUCCCAAAAUACAGACGAGCGUAACAUCAACUAUACCCUAACGGACCCCGUAUCCAUCCACCUCUCAAAGACUCGCCAAAAUAUCAGCUGUAAUAGCGUUGUUUUGGCCAAAGACAUAUGUCCUAUAUUUAAUGUGAGCAGUACAAUGAAUGUGUUCUUUUGUAUGUGACUUUCAUGCAUAAUGUUAUUUUUUCAUUUGUUUGCACUUUAUGAUCUGCAAUGGCAUAUUUUAAUUUAAAUUAUCCCUUUGUCUAUUGUACAAUUUAUUUUAUAUUAAUGCAUUGUUUGUCAUAGUUUCAUUUUGAAAUAAAAGCAACAUUUACAUACUGUUGAUGUUAAAAUAUGUUCUAACAGUAAAUAAUCGUGAUUAACAAUCGUGAUUUCAAUAUUAAUGAAAUUGUGAUUAUUAUUUUGGCCAUAAUCGUUCAGCCCUACUUGUCCCCCCUAAAAACAGCCUUUAAAAAGAAAAACUAACUUUUAGAUAAUAAAUAUUGUAUG